AUGAGGGCUGAAAUUCGAAUUUCUGAAAAAAACCGAAAAUUGGUUUCUGAACGGGCAAAUCGGCCCCGAUAUUCCGAUUCCCGAAACAACCUUCCCGCACUCUCUUCCUUCCCCUUGAGAAACCCACAGCCGCCAUUCAACCGUCCUCUUCACCACAAUGUCCUCUACUACCCCCAUUACUCCCGCCGGCGGCAACAAGCCGUCGACGCCGUCCAUCUGGGCUUCAGCAGGCAUCUGUCGCUGUUCCCCUCCAACCAAGUUUCGCGUAAUGGUCGUUGCCGAUCCCAGCCGCGCGUCUUCCGAUGCCCUGCAUUGGACCCUCACCAAAACCAUUCUCGAACAAGACGAGCUCAUUCUUCUCCACGUCGAGACGCCAAACUCCAGCCGACUGCGUCGUCUCCGGCUUCGGCUUCGUCUUCGGCGGCAUCGGCAGUGUCGGCGGCGUCGGGGAAUGCGAGGCAGUAUGAGUUCUUGGAGGAGAUGAGGGCGGCAUGCGAAGCAGUGCUGCCGAAGGCUAGGGUUCGGGUGGAGAAGGUGGAGAUCGAGGGGAGGGAGAAAGCUGCGACGAUUCUAGAGCAGACGAAGAGACUCGGAGUUGGUUUGCUUGUUAUUGGCCAGCGCCGUUCCUCUUCUUCCUUCUUGGCAUGCACACGGGGUGGAAGCAUGUCUGGAAGGGGAUUAGACACUGCAGAGUUCUUGAUAGAGAACUGCAAGUGCCGCUGUGUUUCGGUGCAAAAGAGAGUUUAUAAUUGUGGCUAUAUCCUCAACACAAAGACACACAAGAACUUCUGGCACAUAGCCUAGAUAGACUCAUAGGAUCGACUCUUCUCUCUUAUGAUUUUUGAGACCAUUCACUCCUCUCUCUGCAGUGUCAUGUUCUGUGAUGCCUUUUUUUAAAACAAAAAAU